CAGCCGUAGUAGGCGGUGAGACGGGCGAGCAGUUUGAACCGAGUCGGUAACAUCGAAUUCAGGGCAACUGUUUACAGGCAGGCUGAAGCGGACGGUGCGAGUGUCAUUCACAGACGCGCGGUUCCUGUGUCCUAACCAGCCUCGGAGCGGAGAAGCCGGUGGAGACUGUUUCGUUUGCCGGCUCUGAGUGCGUGAAGCCGGGUGUCGCGCGAACUCGGUCGCUCCCUCCUCCCUACCUAGCCGCCGAGCUAACAUUACAGCUAGCCGCAACACGGAGCGAGCUAAUCCGUAACACAAAGGACGACUUUGCCCGUGUUGGUCGCUUCGAUCCGGAAUCGCUCUGUUGGAUGAGGCCAGAACCUCUGGUGGAGGUGAAUCAUGGUGCUGACUGGGAAGCGCUCGGAGAAAGGUCCCGCCUGCUGGAAGAGGAGGGUGAAGUCUGAGUACAUGAGGCUUCGACAGCUGAAACGUUUCAGACGGGCCGACGAGGUCAAGAGCAUGUUCAACACCAACCGUCAGAAAAUUAUGGAGCGAACUGACAUUUUGAACCAGGAGUGGAAAACCCGGCGAAUUCAGCCCGUUCACAUCAUGACGUCAGUGAGCUCCUUACGAGGGACCCGGGAGUGCACGGUGGAGAGCGGCUUCUCUGAGUUCCCCCGUCAGGUCAUCCCCCUGAAGACUCUGAACGCCGUGGCCUCUGUCCCGGUUAUGUACUCCUGGUCGCCGCUACAGCAGAACUUCAUGGUGGAGGAUGAGACGGUGCUCCAUAACAUUCCCUACAUGGGAGACGAGAUCCUUGACCAGGAUGGCACUUUCAUCGAAGAGCUCAUCAAGAACUAUGACGGCAAAGUCCACGGAGACAGAGAGUGUGGCUUCAUCAACGACGAGAUCUUCGUUGAGUUGGUCAACGCUCUGUCACAGUACAGCGACAAUGAGGAUGACGAGGAGGAGGAAGAGCAGGACUUCAAGGUGGACAAGAUGGACAUGUGUGAAGGCAAAGACCACCCAGAGGACCCCCGCAAGGACGGGCUGGUUAACAACGAGAGCCGAACCAACAACGACACCAGCAAGAAGUUUCCCUCUGACAAGAUUUUUGAAGCCAUCUCCUCCAUGUUCCCCGACAAGGGCUCCCCCGAGGAGCUCAAAGAGAAGUACAAGGAGUUGACCGAGCAGCAGCUGCCUGGCGCGCUGCCGCCCGAAUGCACGCCGAACAUCGACGGUCCGAAUGCUCGCUCCGUGCAGCGUGAGCAGAGCCUGCACUCCUUCCACACUCUGUUCUGCAGACGCUGCUUCAAAUACGACUGCUUCCUCCACCCGUUUCAUGCGACUCCAAACACGUACAAGCGGAAGAACCUGGAGAACCUGGUGGAUAAAACCCCCUGUGGGGUCGACUGCUACAUGGACCUGGUGCAGGAUGGCGUGGUGAGGGAGUACACAUCAGGCGUGGGAACUGAGCGAGUAAAGACGCCCUCCAAACGCAACGGGGGCCGCCGCCGAGGCCGACUGCCCAACAGCACCAGUAACAGCCGGCCCAGCACCCCCACAGUUUCCUCUGAAACCAAAGACACGGACAGCGACCGCGAGGGCAGCAAAGACGACGAGCGAGACAACGACGAGGACAAGAAGGACGAGACCACCAGCAGCUCGGAGGGAAACUCUCGGUGUCAGACUCCAGUGAAGAUGAAGCUGUCCGGUGAGGCUGAAGCUGUGGAGUGGAGUGGUGCCGAAGCCUCUCUUUUCAGGGUCCUGAUCGGGACAUACUACGACAACUACUGUGCCAUCGCACGGCUCAUAGGCACCAAGACCUGCAGACAGGUUUACGAAUUCAGGGUCAAGGAGUCGGCCAUCAUCGCUCGGGCUCCCGCUGAGGAUGAGGACACACCGCCAAGGAAGAAAAAGAGGAAACACAGACUGUGGGCCACUCACUGCCGCAAGAUCCAGCUGAAGAAAGAUGGCUCGUCCAAUCACGUGUACAACUACCAGCCGUGUGACCACCCCCGGCAGCCCUGCGACUCCUCGUGUCCCUGCGUCACCGCUCAAAACUUCUGUGAGAAGUUCUGCCAGUGCAGCUCAGAGUGUCAGAACCGCUUCCCGGGCUGCCGCUGCAAAGCUCAGUGCAACACCAAGCAGUGCCCCUGCUACCUGGCGGUGAGGGAGUGCGACCCCGACCUCUGCCUGACCUGCGGCGCCGCGGACCACUGGGACAGCAAGAACGUGUCCUGCAAGAACUGCUCCAUCCAGAGAGGUGCCAAGAAGCACCUCCUGCUCGCACCGUCAGAUGUGGCCGGCUGGGGCAUCUUCAUCAAGGAGCCAGUGCAGAAGAACGAGUUCAUUUCUGAGUACUGUGGGGAGAUCAUCUCCCAGGACGAAGCCGACCGCAGAGGGAAAGUCUACGACAAAUACAUGUGCAGCUUCCUGUUCAAUCUCAACAACGACUUUGUUGUUGACGCUACGAGGAAAGGCAACAAGAUCCGCUUCGCCAACCACUCAGUGAACCCGAACUGCUAUGCAAAAGUGAUGAUGGUGAACGGUGACCACAGGAUAGGGAUCUUUGCCAAGAGAGCCAUCCAGACUGGAGAGGAGCUCUUCUUCGACUACAGGUACAGCCAGGCCGACGCUCUGAAGUACGUCGGGAUCGAGCGGGAGAUGGAGAUCGCCUGAUUGGGACUUCCUGUGUUUUUCAGCCACACAAAGGCCUUACACACAAACACACACACACACACACACACACACACACCGUCACGUUCAGGAAACCCAGACGACUCGUCAAAAUGCCACAAAAGCUUCAGGAAAAACAAACUGGGAUAUACGAAGCUGAUUUUUGUUGUUGUUGAAACUUUUCAUAUCUGUUUUUUAUCUUUUCCUUUGACUUGUUGACAAAUCUUCCUCUUUGGAUUCGUAACUCUUCCCUCUGCUGAAGGUGCACCGACAAAAACAUACAAAUUUAUCUUUGAGUAAAAACGUUCUGCAGUGAGAGGAGGAAAAAAUGACUUUGUUUUUAAAAGCUCUCAGUUCAAGUUUCAGGGACCAAAAUCCUCCACCAGCCGCUUUCACCCCAGGACCGGACUCUGUUUGUACUCUGUGUGUGUGUGUGUGUGUGUUUUUAUACUGAACCAGACGCUCUCCUCAGAGUGUCACUUCACUGUCUGUAAAUCAGGAGGUCGUUCACAAAGCAGCGUCACGCUGACACCAGCUCUGACCGUUUAAAGCGAAGGCGAUUAACGAGGGAAGAAAGAAAAGCUGUACAUUAAAGAUGGACAUACCUGCAGUGGUCUCUGCAGGCGUUUUUGUUACUGCUGCAUCAGUUGGUUGAGCAGGAAGUGACCAUGUUUGGAUGAGAGGCUGGACUCCUUAUUUAUGAUACGGUGCACAGACAGAUUUCUGCUAAUUGAUGCUUAGUAGCUUCUCCAAAAUGCUCCUGCAGCACAAACACAGCUGAGCCCUAAAUAACUUGAGUGUUCUUAAAAAGGUAACGGGCUGAAUCAGCUUUAGAGACCAGGCUGUAAAGGUGUUUGAUUCUGCUGUAAAGUCUGACACUGAGUCAGGUAACCCCCCCCCGGUGGUUUUACUGGUCUGAUGUUCGAACCAGGCGUCGAUUUUCAGGACUGAGAGCCGGUCAGUACGUGGCUCAGUGUGAGAAACUUUAUUGCUGGGCGGUAAUCAGCAGGUAUGAGAAACACCUGUGCUGUCUGUGGAUGCUGUUCUGUAAGAGUGAGCUGAUUAGUGUGAGCUCCAUUAUACCCGCCGCACUGGAAGCUUCACAUCACCACAGCGCUGUACCGUUUGUACCCGCUGCAUCAUUCUGAUUAACGGGUGUCGCUAACAUCACAGCUGCAAGCAUAACCGCCCCAUUGACCUUCUCAUCCAGAUGUGGCAGCAGCUAAAAUUGAAGCUUCAAAACAUGGAGCACAGAAUCAGGGUGGCUCUGCCCAUCUUUUAUUUACAGUCUGUGAUUAAAAUCGUCAGUUGUUUAUAAAGCGCACUGUAUUACAAUGGCAGCUGCUGUUGGUGCAACACUAAACAUAACGUGGUGUUAGACACAAAGCGGCUCCAUCGAGGCUGUAGCAAAAAGGAAAUCAUCACAACUGGUUCCCAUCAGGGGCUCCUGUUUGUUUGUCGACACAGAGCUUCAUCAGAAGGCUGUAACACUUGAAGCCUCACACAGUUUAGACUUGUUAACGAUAAAGCUCACAUUUCCUGCGUCUCUGCUGGUUUCAGAUUUCUCAAAGCCCUCUGUAGAUGAUUCGAACUGUAUUUGAAGCUUCAGGUCGUCCUGCAGACUAACUCAGAUUCAGAAAUCGUGAUGUGAAAGCAUCAAACCCGACACGCCGUCAGGUUUAAACGUGCCAGCUGGGUGUGACUCUGCUUUGUGCCUCUGCUUCAGGUGCUAAUGUGGGAAUAAAUCAAUCAAAAUCAAGGCCAGCACACUUUCUUCAGAUGGGACGCUCGGCCACAGCCGCCUGACCAACGUUUAAAGUGUGGGCGGAGUCUCAGUUUCCUGUCGGUGCUUUUUAACACUCGACCAAACUGCACGUCGCCUGCUGACGUUUUCCCAGCAUCCUCAGCAGCUCCUGUUUUGUUUUGACUGUUAAUUAGAAAACGGGUCAUUUUUGUAUUUUAAUUACGCACAUUUAAUCCAAGUUUUCCCAGCAUCCUCAGCAGCGCUUUGCCUCCUCUGAAACAUUUAUAUUAGCCACCUUUUAAUUUUUAAUCGCAGCCAUAACGAAGCGUCAGGCCCUGAAAUCUGCAGCCGAGCUCAGUUUAAAGUUUGAGACCUGAUUUAUUCUGUACUUUAUUAGUUUCAAGGACCCUGCAGAAUAUUUACAGCAUAAAUAUUUUUAUGAAUUAAAGCUGCAGCUGAUUUUCAGUGUUUUUAAUUGAUUUAUGCAGCAGGAAUUUGAUGCACAAACAAUAAAAUAUCAGUUCAUAGAUGAAUUAUUGCAGCUUUCAGUCACACUAUACAUUUCAGCUUUGAAACGAAUGAUUCCCAGCGUUUGAAUCUUCAAGUUAUUUACAUCAAAAUGUAGUAAAAUUUGCGUUGGUGUAGUUAUUUAAAAAAAAAAAAAAAAAAGCUGAAGUUGCUGCCGGGGUUUGAUGGGAAAACUUCCUGUGAAGUUAUUAAACCCCGCCCUUUUCUCGCCUCCCCUGUGCCUUCAGUCCUCCAGUGGAUCAUGGCAUUCCGCAUAGCCUCCGCCUGAUGUCCGAACUCAUCCCAAUAGUUUCCAGAUCAUUCCUCCUCAUAAAAACAAUCUGAAUCUUCUCUCCUGUGAAUUCUGGUGCUCACAAAGACCCCAAAGUCUGACCAACUCAUAGCAAUACCAGCCGCCUCCACCUGUAACUUAUUACAAACAUCAGAGACUGAAGCGGCGUCUGUGGUGGAGGGGACGACUUCAGGGGCUCUGAAACCUGGUGCUUCACUCACAGGAUUCCCACAUCAAUCUGUGCAGGAACCCUCUUAUCCUUUUUUUUUUUUUUUUUUUUUUGCUUUCACUGCUGAUCCAGAUGUUUGCAGCAGCUGCUUUCUAAUCGGUGAACAGAUGUGUGAAUGCUGCUGUGACGGAGGGCCGAGGAACACCUCCGAUUAAGCUGGAAAGAGUCACAGAAAUGAUGCAGGUGGAGGUUUCCUCGGCCCUCCCUGAACUCAAAGCUUCUUCCUGUCAGCAGGACCACGUUUCUCCUCUGAUCUCACAGGUGCUGAUUUUUGUAAUGUUUACAGGGAUUUUUGUUGUUCAAAGUGUUGCAGAUUAAAAUAUUCUGAACUGUU